UUCCUAACGCAAGAAAACGGCGGGCGGGCUGACACAGGAGGAAAGAGGAGGCAGAGAGAGGCGAGCCCACUCCAGCUAGUGCUCAGGCACUUUCAGCAGGGGAAGGGAACCCUUUUCCCCGGGCGUCUGCAGACUAAGGGAAUGUAUUUAGUUCACACAAACAUGGCUGCUGCCUUCAGAGCUGCAAACCGAGUGUUGUGUCCAUGCACCAAAAGCAGCAGCUGCAGUCAAGUGAGAGUCCAAAUACAAUGGAGAGGUCAGUCGACAGCAGCAGCCGCCACUCAAACAAAAAGCACAGAGCCUCAAACUCAGCCUGGAAAGAGGAAAACUAAAACAGGAAUCUUGAUGUUAAACAUGGGUGGCCCAGAAACACUGGGAGAUGUCCACGAUUUCCUACUUAGGCUUUUCCUAGAUAAGGACCUGAUGACGCUUCCAGUACAAAAUAAGCUGGCACCAUUUAUUGCCAAACGUCGCACACCGAAAAUCCAAGAACAAUAUAGCAAGAUCGGAGGAGGGUCGCCAAUUAAAAAGUGGACUGCAACACAGGGAGAAGGCAUGGUGAAACUGCUGGAUGAAAUGUCUCCUCACACUGCGCCUCACAAAUACUAUAUUGGAUUUCGGUAUGUCCAUCCUUUGACAGAAGAAGCAAUUGAAGAGAUGGAGAAAGAUGGCGUUGAAAGGGCUAUUGCAUUCACACAGUAUCCGCAGUACAGCUGUUCUACCACGGGAAGCAGCCUAAAUGCCGUUUAUCGCUACUAUAAUAAAAAGGGGGAGAAGCCAAAGAUGAAAUGGAGCAUUAUUGACAGGUGGCCCACACAUCCCCUUCUCAUUCAGUGCUUUGCAGACCACAUACAAAAAGAACUGGAUCUGUUUCCACCUGAGAAAAGGAAAGAUGUUGUCAUUCUUUUCUCGGCUCACUCGCUCCCAAUGUCUGUAGUGAACCGUGGCGAUCCAUACCCUCAAGAGGUGGGAGCUACUGUCCAAAGAGUCAUGGAGAAGCUCAACUUUUCCCACCCCUAUAGGCUCGUGUGGCAGUCCAAGGUUGGCCCAAUGCCGUGGCUGGGUCCUCAGACAGAUGAAACUAUUGAAGGACUCUGUAAAAGGGGAAAGAAGAACAUUUUGUUGGUUCCAAUAGCAUUUACCAGUGACCACAUUGAAACUCUCUAUGAGCUGGAUAUUGAAUAUGCACAAGUUUUAGCAAAUGAGUGUGGAGUUGAAAACAUCAGAAGAGCAGAGUCUCUUAAUGGAAAUCCAUUGUUCUCCAAGGCACUGGCAGACUUGGUCUAUUCACAUAUCCAGUCGAAUGAAAUCUGCUCCAAGCAGUUAACCCUCCGCUGUCCGCUUUGUGUAAAUCCUGUCUGCAGGGAGGCAAAAUCCUUCUUCACUAAUCAACAGCUGUGAUGUGCAGCGUAGAAGAACACACUUGAUUUGUGCAGGGAAAUCACUUAAUGGUGCAACAAUGCAGACAUCAGAAAUUGCACACAGAUAGCCAAACUCUAGCAUUCUGGUACACUCUUCUAACCCCAGUGGCUUCUGUGGGGUUGCAGUUUUGUAACAGAGACGUGAAUUUGAAGUUUUUCUUUUUUUAUUGGAGAGAUGUGGGUAGAAGGGAAGGAAGGAAGGGCUUGAUGCAGUGAGGUGCUGAGAGGUCUCAAUUCCCCUGGGUCUAAUGAGCACUUCAUAGCAUCAGGCCCAAAAGUAAGCACUGAAAAAACUUUGAUACAAACUGGCAUCUAAAGCUCUUUGCAGGGAGUUCUUUAUAUGCACUAAUGUCAUGAAUAUAUUCAUUUCAGCCUUCCAGGUAGAGUGUACUAUUAUUAUUAUUUUUUGCUACUGGUGCAGUAUUGCUAACACAGUUACCAGUCAUCUUCUCUUACAGAUAUAUUUUCAGAUGUGUUUUGAAUUCUGAUUUUUUAAAAAAAUAAUAUGUAUAUUUUUUAAAACAUAGAAGUUUAUUUUGGUUUUCCUGGGAGAAAAGAGAUUCUGCAAAAGCCCAGACAAGCUUUGCCCCAUUGGAACAGUGGCAUUGUAGGAGAUUUGUUUACAUUUUCUUGAAACUUUCUCAUUGUCUGAAGGAAAAUCUCUGUCUGUGGAGAGCAUGAAGUGAAAGAAAUGACCCAGGACUGAGUUAUAUUUUUGGAGCACACUCCACUUAAAUGGAGUUCUAGCUAUAUUUCAAACCUCGUUACUGUCAACAGCAAACACUGUAGCUGGUUGUAAGGGGGGGUUGGCUUAUCCUUCAACCCAAUGCUUUUCUCUUCUCCAAAGGGCUUUCUCUGUUUGAUUAAGCAAAUUCAGAAAGUUGAACUGGCUCUUCUGAGGAUUUAUAGAUCUGCUCUGUGCUUUCCACUGCGUCAGGACAUUGUGGUUUUUGUGGGAUAUCUAUGGAGCUACAUGGGCACAAUCGAUCCAGUUUAAUUCAUGUUGUCAAUUAAAACCCCAGUGAUAUAUUAGGAGUAAUUUACAUUGUGGUGGGUGUGCCAGAUGAGGGGUGCAGGAUGCCUCUUAUCCUAACAGCUGCGGUGGGUAUAAAUUCCCUAACCCAGAAACCGAGUUCUGCCCUAUUACAUUCCCUGGGCUAUUUUUCGUGCCUGAUCCUGACCCAUCUAAAUCUCCACUGAUUUCAGUGGGGCAUUUGGAUACACCAGGAAUGCAGUCUAGUCCUAACUAUUUACAUUAUGGAGGUUUUAUAAAAUAAAGCAGUGGGCAUUCAGCACAGUCCCAGCUGCUGGCCCCACUACCCAGCAUUGCUCGGUUUUGGCUUGAAAUACAUUCAGAAUGGAAUUAUCAUAGAGUCUGGAUUAGCAGCCCCUUCAUAUAGGGGACAUUCCCUCGAGGGCUAGAAGAAUCCAUUAAAAGUAUUCUGUGGGAGAGCUCAUUUAUAGGCACUGGUCUAGCUGUCAGCUUCAUGAAUACAAAUGUUUAUCCUAUAUAAUUAGCACCGAAUACUGGAGGCUGUUUGCAAGUCGUUCUAACACGCAGAUAUUGCUUAAAUUGAUGAAUCAACUAAUCAUAAGAUGUGGAAGUGCAGGGGCUGUGAUUAUUAGACAAUUUUACUUGCUCAGGUAAUUGUGAGAUGCACAUAGUUUGUGCUCCUGAUCCUCCAGGGAUAGGGUUGUUUAAGGAUAACAUAGGCCCCUGUUGCCAUAAAACUUGUUUUGCUCCAUUUUAUGUUGAAAGAGUUGACGUUUAGGAUGCUGGAGACAUAAAUUAACAUAAUUGUUUAUCAGCCAGUGGGCUAGAUACACUGGUAUGGGGAGAUGGAAAUUACACUUCCUGCCUCAGCCAGACACAC